GAAAGCUCGACGUCUCUAUAAAAAUUCAUACUCUCUUCGCGCUCGCGAAAAAUUUCUCAAAUUUCUCCAUUUCUUCGAUCAAUUUCUGGUUUUUGUUACAUGAAUUAUAAGCCGAAUUGGCCUCGGAUUUUUUCUCUUUAUUGAUUGAAGAUUGCUUGGUUCAAGUACUGCUGCGGCGAGGGAUUUAACGAAUAGUUGUUGCAGUUAAAGAUGGCUGAUCCGAGGAAUGGGGGUGGGCAGCCUUCAAAUGCAGCACGAAAUGUAUAUGCUAUUGAUAUGGAGAAGUUUAAAACACGGCUCAAGGCAUUUUAUUCGAAUUGGAAUGAGAACAAGGCUGAUUUAUGGGGGUCUUCUGAUGUUGUUGCUAUAGCAACACCUCCUCCUUCUGAGGACUUGCGGUAUCUGAAAUCAUCAGCUUUGAAUAUUUGGUUGCUUGGGUAUGAGUUUCCAGAGACUGUAAUGGUUUUUAUGAAGAAGCAGAUUCAUUUCUUAUGUAGCCAGAAGAAGGCUUCUUUGCUUGAAGUUGUGAAAAAACCUGCUAGGGAAGUUGUGGGUGUUGAUGUUGUGAUGCAUGUGAAGGCGAAGACGGACAAUGGGACUGGUUUGAUGGAAGCAAUAUUCCGUGCUAUUCGUUCUCAGUCAGGUGCUGAUGGACAAGUUGCACCUGUUGUUGGACACAUUGUGAGAGAGGCUCCUGAAGGAAGUCUUUUGGAAACCUGGUCUGAGAAAUUGAAGGGUGCAGGUUUUGAGCUUGCUGAUGUAACUAAUGGGUUGUCUGAUUUGUUUGCUGUUAAGGAUGCUGAUGAGCUCAUUAAUGUGAAGAAGGCUGCUUUUUUGACUUUUAGUGUAAUGAACAAUGUUGUGGUGCCAAAGCUUGAGAAUGUUAUUGAUGAGGAGAAAAAUAUCAUCCAUUCUGCUUUGAUGGAUGAAGCAGAGAAGGCCAUUUUAGACCCCACCAGAGCUAAGGCAAAGUUGAAGGCAGAUAAUGUUGAUAUAUGCUACCCUCCAAUAUUUCAGAGUGGAGGAGAGUUUGAUCUCAGGCCUAGUGCUGCAAGCAAUGAUGAGCCCCUGUAUUAUGAUUCUGCCAGUGUAAUUAUAAUUGCGGUGGGAUCUCGAUACAACAGUUACUGCUCCAAUGUUGCCAGGACUUUAAUGAUAGAUGCCACUCCUUUGCAGAGCAAGGCUUAUGCUGUUCUUCUCAAGGCACAUGAAGCUGCUAUCGGAGCAUUGAAGCCUGGGAACAAACUCAGUGCUGCUUAUCAAGCUGCCCUGUCAGUGGUUGAGAAGGAGGCGCCUGAAUUGGUUCCAAAUCUGAGCAAAUCAGCUGGGACAGGCAUGGGUCUUGAGUUUCGUGAGUCGGGACUGAAUCUUAAUGCCAAGAAUGAUCGAGUGGUGAAAGCUAAAAUGGUUCUCAAUGUUUCCCUUGGUUUUCAGAACUUGCAAAAUCAGACUGAUAAUCCCAAGAUUCGGAAUUUCUCACUGUUGCUUGCAGAUACUGUUAUUGUCGGUGAUCAAAAUCCAGAUGUGGUGACUUCCAAGAGCUCAAAAGCUGUUAAGGAUGUGGCUUACUCAUUUAAUGAAGGUGAGGAAGAAGAACAAAAACCUAAAGCUAGAGCUGAGGUGAAUGGUGGGGAAAACUUGAUGUCUAAGACAACAUUGAGAUCAGAUAACGGGGAGAUCUCAAAGGAGGAGCUUCGGAGGCAGCACCAAGCAGAACUUGCCCGGCAGAAGAAUGAAGAAACUGCCAGGCGACUUGCUGGUGGAGGAAGUGCUAAUGGAGACAGUCGUGCUGCUUCAAAGACUUCAGCUGAUUUGGUGGCAUACAAGAAUGUCAAUGAUAUUCCUCCUGCUAGAGAUCUAAUGAUUCAGAUAGACCAGAAGAAUGAGGCUGUGCUUUUGCCUAUUUAUGGGAAUAUGGUGCCUUUCCAUGUUUCCACAAUCAGGACAGUUUCCAGCCAGCAGGAUACCAACAGGACCUGUUACAUUCGAAUCAUUUUUAAUGUUCCUGGGACAGCUUUUAAUCCACAUGACUCCAACUCAUUGAAGCACCAGGGAGCUAUUUAUCUGAAGGAGGUUUCUUUUCGCUCAAAGGAUCCUAGGCAUAUAAGUGAAGUGGUACAGCUUAUCAAGACACUUAGACGGCAUGUUAUGGCCAGGGAAUCAGAGAGGGCUGAGAGGGCAACCUUGGUUACACAGGAGAAACUACAGCUUGCAGGGAAUAGAUUCAAGCCAAUUAGGUUGACUGACCUUUGGAUUCGUCCUGUUUUUGGUGGCCGUGGAAGAAAGUUGCCUGGUUCUCUUGAAGCCCAUGUUAAUGGGUUCCGAUAUUCUACUAGCAGAGCUGAGGAGCGUGUGGAUAUUAUGUUUGCAAACAUCAAACAUGCAUUUUUCCAGCCUGCAGAGAAGGAAAUGAUCACUCUCCUGCACUUCCAUCUUCACAACCACAUUAUGGUGGGAAACAAGAAGACAAAGGAUGUGCAGUUUUAUGUUGAGGUGAUGGAUGUGGUCCAGACUUUGGGAGGUGGAAAGAGGUCUGCCUAUGACCCAGAUGAGAUUGAAGAAGAGCAGCGGGAAAGAGAGAGGAAGAAUAAGAUCAAUAUGGAUUUUCAGAGCUUUGUAAAUCGGGUGAAUGACCUUUGGGCCCAGCCCCAAUUUAGUGGACUUGACCUUGAGUUUGAUCAGCCUUUGAGAGAGCUUGGCUUCCAUGGAGUGCCCCACAAGGUUACAUCUUUCAUCGUCCCCACUUCAAGCUGCCUGGUUGAGUUAGUUGAGACUCCUUUCCUUGUAGUCACCCUGAGUGAGAUUGAGAUUGUCAAUUUGGAGAGAGUUGGGCUUGGACAGAAAAACUUUGACAUGACCAUUGUCUUCAAGGACUUCAAGCGUGAUGUCCUCAGGAUUGACUCUAUUCCAUCAACGGCACUUGAUGGCAUCAAAGAAUGGCUUGACACAACAGAUAUCAAGUAUUAUGAGAGCAGAUUGAAUCUGAACUGGCGACAGAUACUAAAGACAAUCACUGAUGACCCACAGAGCUUCAUUGAUGAUGGCGGGUGGGAAUUUCUGAAUUUGGAAGCUAGCGAUUCAGAUUCUGACAACUCAGAGGAUUCAGACCAGGGUUACAUACCAUCAGAUGCAGAACCUGACUCUGAGACGGAGGAGGAAGACUCUGAUAGUGAAUCACUUGUGGAGUCUGAGGACGAUGAAGAGGAUGAUUCCGAGGAAGACUCAGAGGAAGAAAAGGGUAAGACAUGGGAGGAGCUGGAGAGGGAAGCAAGCAAUGCAGACAGGGAAAAGGGUGAUGAUUCAGACAGUGAGCAGGAGAGGAACAGAAGGAAAGCAAAGGCUUUUGGGAAGUCUCGAGCCCCUCCUAGACCCGCUCCUAGAAUGCCCAAGCGCCCCAAGUUCCGAUAGGUUUGAUUGGAAACAUCAACGUUCCUUUUCUUGUUUAUGUUUCUAGCAGGAAGCUGCAGCAGCUGCCUUAGAAUGCAGGCCUCUAACUUGGGUUAGAACUAUUGAUAGUGGUAGUUUCUAAGAUUUUGUCUUUAUUUUAAUCAUUGCCUUUUGGUCAUUAAGUAGGAGUUUUGCUGGGAAUGCGACCAAUCCCUAACAAACCUUAGCUGUUGCGUCACCACAAUUGCGCUGUCAUUAAAAUCUUUGUUAUUAUUAUCUUCGUCUGUUUUGUCCUUGUGUUCUUGUUCUUGUAAUACCAUAAUGCACGAUAUGGAAAUGCUGUUCAAUAAAUAUUUGUUGAUAUCCAA